GUUUUUUGUAAAUUCGGUCUAAACAUACGACUGCAUGUUAACAAGAGUUGUCAAGCAUGUUCUCAAGUUUUGCCUGAUGAAAUUUCAAGAAUUUUGGACACCGAUUGGACAGAUUAUGAUUUAGACGGAAACAUUGAUUGUCUUCUCUAUUUUACAAUGACACAAAAUUUUCGUAUCUACUGUCAAACAAUUCAUUUAACAUAUCAAGAAUGUGAGUUAGAUUUGGAAGAUAUUCUACAACAUUUACAAUUUGUUUGUUCAGAAAGAAAUAUAAUUAUUCGUUCAUAUCUUCUGUAUCAAGAAGAGAAGAAUAUUCAU